AUGCGUACCUUGACUUACUCUCAUGACACAAUCUACAAAAAGGUUGAACAAAUAGACAUAGUUAUAAGGACCCGCAUCUUAAACUCUUAUUAUAGCAUGUUCUCUGGAAGCCCUAGCUAUGCACACCGCGCUGCGUCGAUCAUAAAAUCGCCAUCGGGUCCUCAAACGCCCUUACGCAUCUCAACUCCUAAUUUUGGUUCACCCUCAGUCCUCCGUGCCGAAGAAGAAUGCGUUGUCCUGGAAUUUGGGGCCCGAUAUCUACAAGUAGGGCUCGCCGGAUCCGCUACUCCCCAAGCAGUGAUGGAUUUUGGCUAUGAGCAGCUAAGAAGGGCCGGUGACUUGAGGAAAUGGUCGACAAAUUAUGACGGGUCCAACCGAAAUGCCAAUGGGAAGGAAUGGGGGGAAGCAUUCGAGCUAUGGCGGCCAGACCUACGGAAUUUAGAUCUAGGUUUGGUAGGAGACAAGAUCGAACGGGCUGUGAGAGAUGCAUUCACAAAGAACUUACUUGUUGAUUCCCGCCCUAGAAAAUUUUUACUAGCUCUACCAUCCACACUACCAAUCCCGUUGCUAUCUACUACGCUGGAAACAUUAUUCUCAAACUUUCAACCAUCCAGUAUAUCCCUUAUGUCAGCCCCGUUGCUGGCGGCUAUAGCCGCGGGUGUAAGAUCUGCUCUCGUCGUAGACAUUGGUUGGGCUGGAACUACUGUCACAAGUAUCUAUGAGUAUCGUGAGGUACAGUGCAACCGAUCGAUAAGAGGUUCAAAAAUGUUAGGAGAUGCACUUUCAAGAAAGCUUUUUAGUUUUGUUUACAAAUUACCGGUGUCAGACUACAUCGAGAACUCAGAGAACAACCUUAGCUUUGAGGAGUGUGAGGAGGUUAUGGAACGAGUUGUAUGGUGCCAAACCAUGAAGAAACUUCAUCCAUCAACGUUACAAGAUCCUACUACCCAAGUAGAGAAAAACGUGUCAGAUACGCUUGAAACGGAAGAACAAAAACAUGAUGAUAUAAUCAACAUACCACUGAGAUCAAUUAAGCCUAUGAGAACAAUCCAGAUUCCAUUCUCUGAAUUAUCCUCACCUUGCGAAAGCGUUUUUUUUGCCCCUGAGACCACUGCAACAGAAUUUGAUGACGAAGAACUUCCCCUACAUUUACUUGUAUAUCAAAGCCUUUUAAAACUACCUGUGGAUAUAAGAUCAGUGUGUAUGGAACGCAUAAUAUUUGUUGGUGGCGCCUCAAAUAUCCCGGGUCUAAAGCCUCGCGUCAUGCAGGAAGUGUUUCAUCUUGUAGAAAAUUAUGGAUGGAACCGUGUCCGAGGUAACGCUGUGAAGCAGCUCAUCAGAAAUCCUAAGUUAUUUAAAAACAAGACCAGCCGGAGCGAUCCUUAUGAAACCCAGACAGAGACAAAUAAAUCUAUCGUACAAUCAAUGUCAGUCGCGGCUGCAACUCCCCAAGAAGCCGACCCUUUUGAGAGAAGGAUAAGAAGAGGAGCUAUAAAAGAUCCAUCGCCUGUCAAGACUGGUACGCUGAGAGCCAUAGGCACUCUUGGAGCCUGGGCUGGUGGCAGUCUAUUAUCUCAACUCAAGAUCCAAGCAGUCGUGGUCAUCGAAAAAGAGCAGUGGUCUCAGCACGGGAUUUAUGGAGCCUCGAAAUCAAAUGAGUCAUAUCACACAUCGCUCUGGAGAGGUAUGGAAUCAACUAAUAUUCGAUCGGGGCCUGGAGAGCGGUCUAGUUGGACCUUGGGACUUUGGGGUUGA